CACUGCAUCUCUUUUGUGUACAUCUGCGGGGCGGGGGAACAAUGAAAGCGAGCCAAGGGCAGGAACAUGAGCCGGCCCUCAUCAAGAUCUUGCUGACUUCACUCUCGGCCAUGGUGGCCGAGACCACUACCUUCCCUAUAGAUCUGACUAAGACCAGGCUUCAGCUCCACGGCGAGUCGCUCUCCUCCUCGACUCGCCCAACCAACGCGUUCCGGGUCGCCUCGGAGAUUGUCCGCGAGCAAGGUCCUCUGGGGCUCUACAAGGGCCUCUCCCCGGCUAUUCUCAGGCACCUCUUUUACACGCCCACCCGGAUCUUAGGCUACGAGCACUUCAGGAAUGUCGUCAGUGCUGAUACUGGAUCACUUUCUCUAUCCGCAAAGGCUCUUGUCGGCGGCAUCUCCGGCGUCAUGGCUCAGGUGGUGGCAAGCCCUGCCGAUCUUGUUAAGGUGAGGAUGCAAGCAGAUGGUCGUAUGGUGAGCCAAGGUUUCCAACCUAGAUACUCAGGGCCUUUUGAUGCUUUAAACAAGAUUAUGCGCACCGAGGGCUUUAAAGGACUUUGGAAAGGAGUUUUCCCUAACGUACAAAGAGCAUUUUUGGUGAACACGGGAGAACUAGCAUGCUAUGAUCAUGCUAAACGCUUUGUUAUUCAAAAUCAGAUAGCUCGUGACAAUAUCUUUGCCCACACUCUUGCCUCUAUUAUGUCAGGUCUUUCGGCAACUGCUUUGAGUUGUCCAGCUGAUGUGGUAAAGACAAGAAUGAUGAACCAGGCGGCAGGCUUGGAAGGGAAGAUUAUGUAUACAAGCUCUUACGAUUGUUUGGUGAAGACUGUUAGAAUUGAAGGACUAAGAGCACUAUGGAAGGGGUUCUUUCCAACAUGGGCAAGGCUUGGUCCAUGGCAAUUUGUGUUUUGGGUCUCUUAUGAGAAACUUCGACAAAUUUCGGGGCUAUCUUCCUUCUGAUAAAUUUUUGACCUGGACUCACGUUGCAACUUUUAAGAUCCCCUAAAUUACUGAAAACCAGCUUUCCCAUGGAUUCAAUGGUUCGUAUUAUUGAAUUGCAUGCAGGGAAGAUCACCUGGUUGAAAUUGUAUCCGUUACAUUGGAUCACCAAAGAUAUAUAAGAUCAUUGGAAAAUUAAGAUUUUUUAAGUACUGCUAUGAAAACAUUGUUUAGCCGUUGAUCAGAGUUUUGAUGCUCUCUUAGCCUGUAAUAAUAACUAAUAUAUUAUAAGCUCGUGACAUUAGAUAUUGCAAGCUGAUCGACUUAA